CAUAGCAAGUCAAAACGAAAUAAAUAUCACGUUAUAAUUUUCUAAGUAGUGAAUAAAAUAGAUACCAACUAGCUUCAACUCGACAUUUUAUAGUUACUUAUUUUACAAUAAAGUGUUUUAUGUUCAUCAGAUUUUUUAGUACAAACAUCGUAACAGAUUUCAGAUUAGUUAGUUACAUAGGGACAGCAAAAUAAAUGUUCAUGUCUCACAAACAUAAAUCACUCACUGGAGUAGAUUUACAAGAAAAAAUUAACCAAUUGCAUCAAGCAUAUAUGCCGAUGGAUUUGAGCUCUGUAUUUUAUCACAGCAAAGUAAAUGCUAUUAAGAAAUUAGAGUAUAUAUUACGUUACUCCAGUCGGACUGCGUUACAAGACGCGGAUUAUGAGGAACUAAUCUUGUGUGCCCUGACAUUGGUAUAUUUUUUUGGUAUGAGACUAAAAUUGCGUCAACUUACUUCACAUUAUGGUUACUGGUGCGGCAAACGUCAUUUCAAUAAAGCGGAGUCAGUUUUCCAGAUGACAAUGGACCAACUGCACCCAGAACGCAGCGAUGUUACUAUAAAAAUAACGUUGAAUUUCUUCACAACAGUUUCUUUGUGGCCCUUCGAAAGUUUUGUAGAGCAAAUAUUAGAAGUAGUACUCUACUAUAACAGAGGGAAAACUACGCUUUUUAACCUAAUGCUAACAGAUAUUCAUUGUGUUUUGUUUAAAGAUGUCAAGUCAGCCAGGCAUCGAAUGAGAGUUCUCUAUGAACUACUUAAAAGUACAAAUUGGAUAAUCGACAAACAGAAACUGCUGCCAUUUGUUACACGUUUACUCGACUUCUUUGCUUAUAGCAUAGCUAAAGGCGAUUCUAAGAUAUCAGCUUACGGUUAUCUACGAAAGGGUUUCGAAGUCUGCUUACGACGGAUUUUCGAAAGAGUGGAAAACCAACAUCGUCUAAUGAUCAUAACAACAAUGCUCAAUUGGUUUUCAAUGGUGAAUAUGAGUGAUGAUGAUGUUCUAGAAUUUUCCUCUUUACUAGAUCGAGCUGCCGAGCUGUAUAAAGUUGGGCAAUACACUGAGAGCUUUCGCGAAGGAGUUUUUGAACACGUUUUAGUAAAUUUGGUUGGAUCUACGAAUGCGCUGUACAGCAUUGUGGGAUGUCGUUUACUGCACAGAUUUUUAGACCGACAGAACAAUGCUGAGUACUUGACAGUGCCGUCUUUAUAUUAUGAGUUUUCACAGGUUCGACUUAAAGUAGGAUGUUAUGAUAGCUACGAUAAAACAUUUAUACGAAAUCAUCGAGACAAAUUCCACGAAUUCUUUUUAAAGGCGGUGAAGCUACAUUGUAACAAUAGCGGUAACUUGAAAGCAAUUUUCGUGGUAGUAUGUUUGGUUAUAUUGGAGGUCCCUUGCGGCCUAACAGCUGCAGCAGCCGCUUGUAUAGUUAUGACCAUUCAGGACUUUGCUCUCAACGGAGAGAACUUGACUGCAACGUGCCGGUAUUGGAUGCACGCGAUUGUAAUAUCGGUCAUGUCUUUGAUAUGCUGGGUGCACAAGGCGCCUGUACUUUACCGAUACGUAAAUCAAAUAAUAUCAAGACGGGCGAAAGAGGCUCCACAGUUGAAUCCACCUCUGAUGCAGAUUUACAACAUCGGCCGCCAUCAUGUAACGUGGAAUAAACCGACAUUAUUCUUCGAAGAUUGGGAGUUGCGAUACGGUCUUUGGAAACAUUUCAAAGAUGCACAGUUCCCCACGAAGAAACUUCAAAGCAAAUUAGGUAAAAAGGCGCCGUCUAUGGAUUUGCGAUAUUAAAUUAAUUAAAGUUGCAAGUAAAUUAGGUAAUUGGAGAAAUUUUGACUUUACGCGCGAUCAAGAACUGUCCGAAAAUAACCUACUAUACAUGUGGAAAGCCUAUUAAUGGACGCGACCCAGCCUGCUCCAACUCCAUACAACGAUAUUAAAU